GGGGAACCAGUCGUUGAUGGGUUGAGUCAGUCGUAGUACCAUUUAAGAAGUGACCUAACCGGAGAUCUGCUCAGGUUUCACACAGACAAGAAGACCAUAUAUACGCCCUCGGCUGGAAUCUGGCAUCUAUUAAAUUCACACUCUAUCACCCCUCUGACGUUUCUCAGUUUCAACUAAGAACGCUGAUUUAAGGAUAAGCUGAUCAAUCAUCAUUCGCAACCAUGGUCGGACGCCUUGAAGGAAAGAUUGCCAUCGUAACAGGUGGUGGUAGCGGUUUUGGUACCGGCAUCGCAGAAAAGCUGGUUCAAGAAGGAGCUAAAGUCCUCAUCAGUGAUCUCAACAAAGACAGCGCUGCCAAAGUUGCCCAAUCCAUCGGGUGUGAGUAUCUCGUGGCCAAUGCCACCAAACGCUCCGACUGGGAAGCAUUGCUCAAAAAGUCCAUCGACACCUUUGGCGGAUUAGACAUUGUUGUUAACAAUGCCGGCACAACUUACCACAACAAACCAACAGAGACUGUAACGGAGCAAGACUACGAUUUGGUCUUUGACGUCAAUGUCAAGAGUAUCUAUCUCUCUACCAAUGUCCUGUUGCCUUACUUUUUGGACAACAAAAAACCUGGUGUCUUCAUCCAGAUCGCCUCCACUGCCGGCAUCAGGCCCAGACCCGGCUUGUGCUGGUACAACGCCUCCAAGGCCGCCGUCAGUGUCGCUACCAAAUCUAUGGCUGUCGAGUAUGGACCCAAGCAGAUCAGAUUCAAUUCUGUUUGCCCAGUAGUUGGCAGCACUGCACUGACCCAUCUGUUCAUCGGCAAGCCAGAUACCGAGGAGAAUCGCGCUGGCUUCGUCUCUACCAUUCCACUCGGACGUCCGAGUACACCCAGAGAUAUUGCCAAUGCAGUCACCUAUCUCGCUAGCGAUGAAGCCGACUUCAUCACUGGAGUAAACUUGGAAGUGGACGGAGGAAGAUGUGUCUAGGUGGAAGCUUUCAACUAGCCUCAACAACUAGGACAUGCAGUCGCUUGUAGUGAUCCUCAUCCUGUUUAAAACCAAAAGCAUCUGGUGUCGAGGCACGUGGGAAUCUUGCGAGAAAGAAUAGCGUCAGACAAAUUAUUAUUGACCAAAAGUAGC